AUGACAGAACGACCCAUGAAGAAUCAGGGCCCGAACCAUAUCCGGACCAGCGGGGCGUGCAAGGCCUGCAGGUCCAGGAAGCAAAAGUGCAGUGGAGAUCGCCCUCAGUGUGUUCGAUGCCGCAUCAACGACGUUCAGUGCCAAUGGCCUCAGCCACAGAAGCGCGGUCCUCCAAAACAUUACACCGCGACUAUUGAGAAGCGCUUGAUCGAGACUGAAGCCAUUCUACUCGCUCUGAUGUCGCAAGUAUCAGAUGAACAGCUCAUGUCUGCCUACGACUAUCUACAGCAAGAUAGGCAGCCAAGUGCAAACCUCGACGAGCCCUCUGAUGUCGGAAACAGACAUGGACUGACCUGGAAAGACAAAGCUGGGCCCGUAUAUUGGAGCAACUACCCCCUCAACUCGGCUGAAGAUGCCAGACGCUGGUGGGCCGAUCGGAUGUCGACUGCUGCGAAUGACACGCCAUCCAGGCAAUAUGAGUCCAUUGACCAUGCGUUGAUAGAUACGAACGUCGCCAGCGAGCAUGGAAAGACUACGCUUCAAGAUGCAGAUACCUCAGAAUUUAGGUUGAAUGAGUUGAGUCCUGGUGUUGAGUCUCCGAUCGCUCACCAGCUGUCCGUCGCGCAGCAAGAGGAUUGUGAUGCCAGAGUCGGUGAAAGCUCGAGGGCAGAGUCUACCUUAUCAAUACAUCAAGAAGCAGGGACAAGCCAGUCUCAAAUGACGCAUCUAGGGCAAACACCAACACGGAGUACGGGAUAUCAAAAUUCCAGAGACGUUGGAGGGUAUGAGAGUGCUUACCUAUGGUAA